GUUUUAAUAAAAAACUAAAUAUUCUCUUGAAAACAAUUAUAGGUAACGAAAAAAUAGAAAAAGAUGAAAAACAAGUGACAAAAUGCCUAAAGUUACAUUGAAAUGUUCAAUGAUGCUGAUAACAUUUUUGAGUGAUAACUGAUAGUAUUAAUGAUAGCAUUUUUAGUGAUAACGUGGCAUAAAAUUAGAACUGUUCUUUACGUAAAGUUGCGUUCUUUAAAAACAAAAAAAAAUUCUUAUAUUAACUUAGGAAAAACGUAAAAAAAAGAAUACUAGGACUCAGUACAUUUCCUGUUGUGUUUUGCCAUGGCGGAAAUAUUUUCUACAUAUAACCGCGAUAAAUUAUUGUAAUGUGCGCAUAUAGCUAAGUAGACGCAAAUAAUUAUGCAAUAUGCAGUCAAAACCAGCUGCAGCAUGUGGAGACUCAUAUCGUAUUGGCCUUAGUGAUGAUGAGAAAAACACAAUAUUAUAUAAACACAACGAACUAAGAGGAAAAGUCGCAUCAGGCCACGAAGAUAGAGGAAAACCUGGUCCACAACCUGCGGCAGUUAGCAUGCCAGACUUGGUAAGCCAUAAUGAAUUAUACAUUGUUAUAUAGUAAAUUUAAAUGUAUAAUAAACAAAAAACAUUAAAUAAA